UUUGUUUGUUUGCGUGGGUGUGCUUGUGUUGAUAGUUUUAAACUUUUGAAUAACAUUUGUGCGGGAAAGUGAAGUUUUUGUGAUGAAGUGUCAUGUUUAAUCGUAAAUAAUUACUUUGUGUUUGAUCAACAACGUCUAGAUACUUUUGCAAUUGACAGUUUUUGUUUUUUUUCAGGAUGGCGGUCAGUCUUGCAGAUGUGAUAUCGGUGCGCGCUCUCCAGGAAAACGAAGUUUGGGCUCUCCUUUGUCAGUCGGCCCAAGCUAUCCAAGAUGUCCUCUUAACGAAUGGUGAUGAAAGGAAGAUGGGAAUCCCCGCGUCAGUGCGUGCGGAAGGACUGAAGCUGACUCCGCGGGGCCGUGUCAUUCUUGCACCUUCCGCCCCCUCUACUCACUCCACUAAACUUUCUCAUAUGCAGAUUGAAAAGAUGUUGAUCUACUCUCUUGGACUGACUGUGAAGCAAGCGGUUGAUCUUCCUUCUCUAAGUCAACACCUGAAAGCUCUUCUUGAAGCAAUGACUUCCUCCAGGCCUGAUACUCGGGCUUCUCUCAUGGAUGUUCUUAAUGGUGUAGCUGAUCACUGUCUAAUUCGAGGUCAGUCAAGACCGUUCUCUCACCUUCUCAUGGAACUUCACGGGCAAGUCCUUUCUCAGGUGAAAAAUACUGACUUUGAAAAUAGUAUCAGCGGAAAAGACUCAAAUAACUCUACUCUGAACAUGGUGGAGAAAAAACGAAAUAAGGUUCAAAGAGCAGGAUCUCGACUCUACAGAGCUGACAUUUCAAAGUACCAUUGUCCGAACACUUGCAUUGGACCUGAGUUUAUUGUGAGAGCUCUACCUGCGCCAAAAGUUAUUCAUAUUGGAGAUGCCAAGGUAAUUGUUGAGAGCGAAUGCAUAGAACAGAACUUUGUGCUGGGCCUGGCCACUCUGGUGUCAGGUGACUUUGUGUUUGUGGCGCCGGAGACCAAACUGAGCAAGGUGGCUCCGUCGGCCUGGGUCGGCGAGACGCACCGCCAACGCCAACGCCAACCCUACUACAAGUUCAUCCUCUAUUUGCGAAUUCUUUUCUACUUGCCUAGUCUGAGAGGCAUCGGGUGA